AAAAUAAAACACUUGAUUGGUUUGUUCACUUAAAUAGUGUGGGUGACAUCAUUAUGUUUGCAUGUGAGCCAUGGGCGGUCCACUGAGGUGACUACUUUAGGGGCAGGCCAGGUCCCUGGUCAGGGUAGAAAGCUGAAGCUCGACACGGAGGGAAGCAAAUCAAAGAAGACAUUUGCAGACUAUAGACAGUUUGGAUUUUUGCAAAUCAAGACCAACAAAAAAAAAUACUCUACUGGAGCACAUGACAUAAAGGAAAAGGUGGGGGGUUGGACAGCAAAACUUUGUGACAAAAUCUUCCUUUCUGCCAUCCCUGUUGCCGUGUGUACUCCCUUCAGCAGCUGCCGCCUCAUCGCCAUUGUCCCCUACACUGCCUGUUUGGAAAGCGGCCAUGGAUCGCUCGGUGCAGGAACUCUUCCUCAACUUCAUGAUCGUCUUAAUCACCGUUCUCUUGAUGUGGCUGUUGGUGAAAACAUAUCAGGACUAACAUGCGGAACAUGAACAUUCCUCCCAUCUCCAUCUCCUCCGAGAGGAGAUGGGAGACAUUUUAUGGAGUCUGCAUGGUUUCUUCGGCUAUUUUAGGUCAGAUUUCAGUUUUAGUGUUUUCGUCUAUGGAAAUGGUGUGAUUUUAAUGCAAUUACCAAGGUAAACUAAUCUGGGAUUUAGAGCUACACUUUUUUGAGAUCCUGCUCUUGUAUCAAAAUCAAAAAGGGGAUUCCCAGAAAAGAGGAAAAUGUUAACAGAAAAAAACAGAAACCUAACA